AUGAAGCUGUCCAUCACAACUGCUACCACCAUUGCCCUUGGGGUUGCCUUGUCUCUUUCAAGCGCAAAUGCUUUCUUUGAUGCUCCCAGUAGUGAAGAGCUGUUGGCUGCCUAUCCAGCUCUCGAAACUACGGAACGAGAGGGCAAUCCAUUGAUUCUCUGUCCAUUCUUGCGAAUGCUAGAGCGAUCAGGAAGACUUGAUGAAGUAGAACAAGAAAGUGGAGAACAAAUCAUUGAGAAUAGAGACCUCAAGCGAGCAGCUAAUGAUUUUGGAUGUGACACAACAACAGCAUGUGGGCCUGUCAUUGACACUGUCUCUGCUGGCCAAUGCCUUACAGAAGAAUUCUCUCUCUCCAAUCUCAAUCCUUUCAAGCCAAGUGUAGUGGACUUGGAACGCCUCUGGGAAGCUCCGCCGGUCUCGCAUGAAUGUGGAUUUACCUUUGAGAAUGGCCUUGGCGAAAAUGGUGUCUCAGCAACACGAUUGGAGAGUACACUAGCCAAACUGUUGGACCGAGCUGAUGACAAUGAUCACUUGGUAUAUCAAGACAUUCUGGACACCAAGAAUGAGAUUUGUGCAGAGGAAGGAGUCAUUAUUUCCGCUCCUGGGUUGAUAGAAGCACAGCUCAUUUUUGCUUAUCUUGGAGGAGUUGAACGAGGGUAUGUGGAAUAUGAUGAUGUUGCCGGCUUCCUGGCAAUUGACAGUAAAAUGCCCCAAACCAAAGCAGCAAGGCCGAUUUCUGCUCCCUAUCUCUUGCUGGUGAACGCAAACUAG